AUGGAGGGAACAUCUCCGUCGAAUAGAAACCUAGCUCUGCGAGUUUUUGGGAUCCCUGAGCUUGUCGGAAUUAUAUGUAACCUCAUACAAAAACGUGACAAUGCAAACCCACUACGUGUUUGCCGUCAACUCUUCCAGGGCAUUCGGCCCUAUAUUUGGAGAAGCACAGACGCUGUUAUUACACUUAUUGAAAUGAUCCCGACUAGUAGAGUGGAGGAGCCUUUUGACGAACCAUUUUGCCCUUAUGUGGCGAGUCCCCCUGCCCGCAGCCCGCGUGAAUCUCUUGAUUUGUCGAGGCUGAACAUAUAUGGACCAUACAUCAAGCAACUGAAGAUUCCAGUAUUGACCAUAGUGGAUGAAUACCAUGACUGGAACGAUUUCCUCGUUUCUGUCCGGAAUGUCAGUUUGCUACCGAACCUGGAGCACUUGGAGUUAGAUGUUUCUCGGGAAAUUCAAAGGGAAACCAUUAGUACUGAAAGCCUUAAUUGGAUGACCACCUUCAUGUCGCCCUCCCUUAAGACCUUCCAAAUCUUUCUCGAUAUAACACUCGAUGUCUUUUCAAAUGUCGACGAUUUCAGCGACACGCGCAUUAGCAUCGAAUCCGCUAUCAACAUCUUGCAAAUGCCCCCAACUUGA